UUCAGCGUUAGCCAUGGGUCGUUUAGAAUGGCUUUGUGUUCUGUUUUGGAUAAGCGCAUGCAUAGCAGACACACUCACAGAGGAAGGCGUCAGAACAACAACCGGAGAUGCCACCGUUCUCGCCUCCUGCGACUUCAACGAUGCCGGCGCGCCGUUCUGCAGCUUUGUACAGGACAGGGCGGACAACAGCGACUGGACCCGACACAAAGGCCCCACCCCCACCCAGGGGACGGGGCCCAGCGGGGACUACCCCGACGGAAAGGGCUUCUACAUCUACCACGAGAGUGACAACGUGGUCAACCAGCAGAACGCUCGCCUGCUCAGCCCCGCCCUCACGUCCCCCGCCACGCAAAUAUGCGUCCAAUUCCGAUAUUACAUGUACGGCGCCGACAGCGACAACACGCUGAGGGUCCUGGCCAAGAGAUCUGGGGGUACAGAGACCGAGGUGUGGGCAAGGAAGGGCAUCCAGAGUCCUUCCUGGCUGGCUGGGUCCGUCACCGUGACCAAGGCCUCCAGGCAGCAGAUUGACAUUGUCUUUGAGGCUAAGAGAGGAUUCACCGACUCGUGUGACUCGGCCCUUGACAACAUUGUCAUCAGUGAAGGAGCUUGUCCAUCUUGCGUGCAUGGCUGUGGUUUUGACACCAUCGGUGACCUGUGUGGUUGGACCGCACCCGUACCAGAGAAUCCAGACAUCUACGGCUUUGAGCAGUGGACCGGAGCUACAGAAACCGCGGGCACAGGCCCGAAUGAUGACUUUUCCCAACCCGGACUGGGCAGCUACAUGUUGAUGGAAUCCAGCACGGCCAUAGCUGGAGCCAAGGCCGAAAUCAGAAGUCCGUCCACACCUUCGUCCGGCUGUCUGGACCUCACCUUCCACUACUACAUGUACGGCAGCGCAAGCAGCAUGGAGCUGAGCGUGCACACUGUCACUGCAGGUGGCGCCGUGGGAGACCGUCUCUUCAGUGUCCGGGGAAACCAAGGCGAGGGCUGGAGGCCGGCGGAGGCCCGGUACAUCGGAACCUCGGCUGUCGAGUUUGUGAUCGUGGGUACCUUUGGAGAGACUGCCCUGACAGACAUCGCUGUGGAUGCUGUAUGUGUUAUGGUUUGUGAAGGUGAGUCGAUUGUGAAUUUUGUCUUUGUGUCUACCGGGAAGAAGAGAUCUACAUCAUGUGCAUUAUGUUUUCCUUACUCCACAACCCCAGGACCAACUACACCUAAACCAACUGUCCCAGGACCUACGACACCUAAACCAUCAACUGCAGGCCCAACUACACCUAAACCAUCAACCCCAGGCCCAACUACACCUAAACCUUCAACCCCAGGCCCAACUACACCUAAACCUCCAGGACCUACUACACCUAAACCAUCAACUCCAGGCCCAACUACACCUAAACCCUCAACCCCAGGACCUACAACUCCAAAUAAAUGCCCUCCGGACGCGGAGUACAUAGAGUGCGGGCCGGCCUGUAUUCCCAGCUGUGAGGAUCCCUCCACCAACUGUAGCGGCUCCUGCAUCAGCGGCUGCUUCUGCAAGCCGGGCUUUGUGUUCAAGGGCCGCCGCUGUGUGCCUCUGGACAAGUGUGGCUGCUUGGACGACAACAACAACUACUACGAGCCCGGAGAGAUCAUCUACGGUGACGGCUGUUCCCAGCUGUGUCGCUGUGCGGGGAACUACACCCUGUCCUGCGUGGACAACUCCUGCGACCCCACCGAGGAGUGCCGAGAGGUCAGCGGGACGCACGGAUGCUAUCCUAAAGACACGUCCACGUGUGUUGCGUCGGGGGAUCCUCACUACAGCACCUUUGAUAAGCGCAAGUACAACUUCAUGGGCAACUGCAGCUACGUGAUGUCGGAGCCGUGCAAUGACACGUCCGUCCCUCACUUUGAGGUCCACGCCGACAACGAGAACCGCUACAACAACCCGUCCAUCUCCUACAUUAAGGCUGUGCACGUUUACGUGCGCAUGCAGAAGAUCUCCAUCCUGAAGGGAGGCACUGUUCAGCUGAACGGGACCAAUGUAAACCUGCCCUUGACUCCCAGCCCCGGCGUGUCAGUGUUCAAGUCUGGUAAAUUCUACACGGUGUCCAUGGACUUUGGCGUCACCGUUCGCUACGAUGGGAACCACUUCAUGGACAUCAAGGUGAUCAAAGACUACCAGGACAAGUUGUGUGGAUUGUGCGGAGACUACAACCUCAAUGCCAAGGAUGACUUCAGGAAGCCCGACGGAUCUCUGACCCCCAACGCCAACGACUUUGGACACAGCUGGGUCACCGAUCCAACCUGCAAUGUCAAGCCCAACACCACGGUUCCUGGCUGUACAGAGGAAGAGCAGGACCGCUAUGAGAGCUCUGGCUUCUGUGGCAUGCUGCUGGACAAGAAGGGCCCCUUUGCCGUCUGCCACCGCAAAGUCAACCCCAACAGCUACUUCAAGGACUGCCUGUUUGACCUGUGUGCGCUGGACGGCAGCAGGCCCAUCCUCUGUGAGGCCAUCGAGGCGUACGUCAACGAGUGCCAGGACCGCGGCGUUACCGUGGGAACCUGGAGGAACAACACCUUCUGCCCUCUCCCAUGUGAUCCCAACAGCCACUAUGAGCCGUGUGCGCCCCCCUGCCAGGAGUCCUGCAGUGGGGGGUCCUCGGGCUGUGGGGGACCCUGCUCCGAGGGCUGCGUGUGCGACUCCGGCUACGUGCUGAGCGCCGGCAAGUGUGUGGAGAAGAGCUCCUGUGGCUGCAACUACACAGUCAACGGACAGUACUAUGAGCCUGGCGAUGAGUUUUACGUGGACGACUGUCAGCUGAAAUGUAGAUGCGACGUCCCCUUCGUCACUUGCCAGUCCUCAGUCUGCCCCCCACAGCAGGAGUGCAAGCUCCAAGGAGGAGAGCUGGGCUGUUACCCUACAACCCCAACUACACCCAAACCAACAACUCCGGGCCCAACUACACCUAAACCAUCCACCCCAGGACCUAGUACACCUAAACCAUCAACUCCAGGCCCAACUACACCUAAACCACCAACCCAAGGACCUACAACUCCGAGACCAACCACAGUGACAACGCCAGUGAAAUGCCCGCCGGACGCGGAGUACAUAGAGUGCGGGCCGGCCUGUAUUCCCAGCUGUGAGGAUCCCUCCACCAACUGUAGCGGCUCCUGCAUCAGCGGCUGCUUCUGCAAGCCGGGCUUUGUGUUCAAGGGCCGCCGCUGUGUGCCUCUGGACAAGUGUGGCUGCUUGGACGACAACAACAACUACUACGAGCCCGGAGAGAUCAUCUACGGUGACGGCUGCUCCCAGCUGUGUCGCUGUGCGGGGAACUACACCCUGUCCUGCGUGGACAACUCCUGCGACCCCACCGAGGAGUGCCGAGAGGUCAGCGGGACGCACGGAUGCUAUCCAAAAGACACGUCCACGUGUGUUGCGUCGGGGGAUCCUCACUACAGCACCUUUGAUAAGCGCAAGUACAACUUCAUGGGCAACUGCAGCUACGUGAUGUCGGAGCCGUGCAAUGACACGUCCGUCCCUCACUUUGAGGUCCACGCCGACAACGAGAACCGCUACAACAACCCGUCCAUCUCCUACAUUAAGGCUGUGCACGUUUACGUGCGCAUGCAGAAGAUCUCCAUCCUGAAGGGAGGCACUGUUCAGCUGAACGGGACCAAUGUAAACCUGCCCUUGACUCCCAGCCCCGGCGUCUCAGUGUUCAAGUCUGGUAAAUUCUACACGGUUUCCAUGGACUUUGGCGUCACCGUUCGCUACGAUGGGAACCACUUCAUGGACAUCAAGGUGAUCAAAGACUACCAGGACAAGUUGUGUGGACUGUGCGGAGACUACAACCUCAAUGCCAAGGAUGACUUCAGGAAGCCUGACGGAUCUCUGACCCCGAACGCCAACGACUUUGGACACAGCUGGGUCACCGAUCCAACCUGCAAUGUCAAGCCCAACACCACGGUUCCUGGCUGUACAGAGGAAGAGCAGGACCGCUACGAGAGCUCGGGCUACUGUGGCAUGCUGCUGGACAAGAAGGGCCCCUUCGCCAUCUGCCACCGCAAAGUCAACCCCAAUAGCUACUUCAAGGACUGCCUGUUUGACCUGUGUGCGCUGGACGGCAGUAGGCCCAUCCUCUGUGAGGCCAUCGAGGCGUACGUUAACGAGUGUCAGGACCGCGGCGUUACCGUGGGAACCUGGAGGAACAACACCUUCUGCCCUCUCCCAUGUGAUCCCAACAGCCACUACGAGCCGUGUGCGCCCCCCUGCCAGGAGUCCUGCAGUGGGGGGUCCUCGGGCUGUGGGGGACCCUGCUCCGAGGGCUGCGUGUGCGACUCCGGCUUCGUGCUGAGCGCCGGCAAGUGUGUGGAGAAGAGCUCCUGUGGCUGCAACUACACAGUCAACGGACAGUACUAUGAGCCUGGCGAUGAGUUUUACGUGGACGACUGUCAGCUGAAAUGUAGAUGCGACGUCCCCUUCGUCACUUGCCAGUCCUCAGUCUGCCCCCCACAGCAGGAGUGCAAGCUCCAAGGAGGAGAGCUGGGCUGUUACCCUACAACCCCAACUACACCCAAACCAACAACUCCGGGCCCAACUACACCUAAACCAUCCACCCCAGGACCUAGUACACCUAAACCAUCAACUCCAGGCCCAAGUACACCUAAACCACCAACCCAAGGACCUACAACUCCGAGACCAACCACAGUGACAACGCCAGUGAAAUGCCCGCCGGACGCGGAGUACAUAGAGUGCGGGCCGGCCUGUAUUCCCAGCUGUGAGGAUCCCUCCACCAACUGUAGCGGCUCCUGCAUCAGCGGCUGCUUCUGCAAGCCGGGCUUCGUGUUCAAGGGCCGCCGCUGUGUGCCUCUGGACAAGUGUGGCUGCUUGGACGACAACAACAACUACUACGAGCCCGGAGAGAUCAUCUACGGUGACGGCUGCUCCCAGCUGUGUCGCUGUGCGGGGAACUACACCCUGUCCUGCGUGGACAACUCCUGCGACCCCACCGAGGAGUGCCGAGAGGUCAGCGGGACGCACGGAUGCUAUCCUAAAGACACGUCCACGUGUGUUGCGUCGGGGGAUCCUCACUACAGCACCUUUGAUAAGCGCAAGUACAACUUCAUGGGCAACUGCAGCUACGUGAUGUCGGAGCCGUGCAAUGACACGUCCGUCCCUCACUUUGAGGUCCACGCCGACAACGAGAACCGCUACAACAACCCGUCCAUCUCCUACAUUAAGGCUGUGCACGUUUACGUGCGCAUGCAGAAGAUCUCCAUCCUGAAGGGAGGCACUGUUCAGCUGAACGGGACCAAUGUAAACCUGCCCUUGACUCCCAGCCCCGGCGUCUCAGUGUUCAAGUCUGGUAAAUUCUACACGGUUUCCAUGGACUUUGGCGUCACCGUUCGCUACGAUGGGAACCACUUCAUGGACAUCAAGGUGAUCAAAGACUACCAGGACAAGUUGUGUGGAUUGUGCGGAGACUACAACCUCAAUGCCAAGGAUGACUUCAGGAAGCCUGACGGAUCUCUGACCCCGAACGCCAACGACUUUGGACACAGCUGGGUCACCGAUCCAACCUGCAAUGUCAAGCCCAACACCACGGUUCCUGGCUGUACAGAGGAAGAGCAGGACCGCUAUGAGAGCUCUGGCUUCUGUGGCAUGCUGCUGGACAAGAAGGGCCCCUUUGCCGUCUGCCACCGCAAAGUCAACCCCAACAGCUACUUCAAGGACUGCCUGUUUGACCUGUGUGCGCUGGACGGCAGCAGGCCCAUCCUCUGUGAGGCCAUCGAGGCGUACGUCAACGAGUGCCAGGACCGCGGCGUUACCGUGGGAACCUGGAGGAACAACACCUUCUGCCCUCUCCCAUGUGAUCCCAACAGCCACUAUGAGCCGUGUGCGCCCCCCUGCCAGGAGUCCUGCAGUGGGGGGUCCUCGGGCUGUGGGGGACCCUGCUCCGAGGGCUGCGUGUGCGACUCCGGCUACGUGCUGAGCGCCGGCAAGUGUGUGGAGAAGAGCUCCUGUGGCUGCAACUACACAGUCAACGGACAGUACUAUGAGCCUGGCGAUGAGUUUUACGUGGACGACUGUCAGCUGAAAUGUAGAUGCGACGUCCCCUUCGUCACUUGCCAGUCCUCAGUCUGCCCCCCACAGCAGGAGUGCAAGCUCCAAGGAGGAGAGCUGGGCUGUUACCCUACAACCCCAACUACACCCAAACCAACAACUCCGGGCCCAACUACACCUAAACCAUCCACCCCAGGACCUAGUACACCUAAACCAUCAACUCCAGGCCCAACUACACCUAAACCACCAACCCAAGGACCUACAACUCCGAGACCAACCACAGUGACAACGCCAGUGAAAUGCCCUCCGGACGCGGAGUACAUAGAGUGCGGGCCGGCCUGUAUUCCCAGCUGUGAGGAUCCCUCCACCAACUGUAGCGGCUCCUGCAUCAGCGGCUGCUUCUGCAAGCCGGGCUUCGUGUUCAAGGGCCGCCGCUGUGUGCCUCUGGACAAGUGUGGCUGCUUGGACGACAACAACAACUACUACGAGCCCGGAGAGAUCAUCUACGGUGACGGCUGUUCCCAGCUGUGUCGCUGUGCGGGGAACUACACCCUGUCCUGCGUGGACAACUCCUGCGACCCCACCGAGGAGUGCCGAGAGGUCAGCGGGACGCACGGAUGCUAUCCUAAAGACACGUCCACGUGUGUUGCGUCGGGGGAUCCUCACUACAGCACCUUUGAUAGGCGCAAGUACAACUUCAUGGGCAACUGCAGCUACGUGAUGUCGGAGCCGUGCAAUGACACGUCCGUCCCUCACUUUGAGGUCCACGCCGACAACGAGAACCGCUACAACAACCCGUCCAUCUCCUACAUUAAGGCUGUGCACGUUUACGUGCGCAUGCAGAAGAUCUCCAUCCUGAAGGGAGGCACUGUUCAGCUGAACGGGACCAAUGUAAACCUGCCCUUGACUCCCAGCCCCGGCGUGUCAGUGUUCAAGUCUGGUAAAUUCUACACGGUUUCCAUGGACUUUGGCGUCACCGUUCGCUAUGAUGGGAACCACUUCAUGGACAUCAAGGUGAUCAAAGACUACCAGGACAAGUUGUGUGGACUGUGCGGAGACUACAACCUCAAUGCCAAGGAUGACUUCAGGAAGCCCGACGGAACACUGACCCCCAACGCCAACGACUUUGGACACAGCUGGGUCACCGAUCCAACCUGCAAUGCCAAGCCCAACAUCACGGUUCCCGGCUGUACAGAGGAAGAGCAGGACCGCUACGAGAGCUCUGGCUUCUGUGGCAUGCUGCUGGACAAGAAGGGCCCCUUUGCCGUCUGCCACCGCAAAGUCAACCCCAAUAGCUACUUCAAGGACUGCCUGUUUGACCUGUGUGCGCUGGACGGCAGCAGGCCCAUCCUCUGUGAGGCCAUCGAGGCGUACGUCAACGAGUGCCAGGACCGCGGCGUUACCGUGGGAACCUGGAGGAACGACACCUUCUGCCCUCUCCCAUGUGAUCCCAACAGCCACUACGAGCCGUGUGCGCCCCCCUGCCAGGAGUCCUGCAGUGGGGGUUCCUCGGGCUGUGGGGGACCCUGCUCCGAGGGCUGCGUGUGCGACUCCGGCUACGUGCUGAGCGCCGGCAAGUGUGUGGAGAAGAGCUCCUGUGGCUGCAACUACACAGACAACGGACAGUACUAUGAGCCUGGCGAUGAGUUUUACGUGGAUGACUGUAAGCAGAAAUGUAGAUGCAACGCACCAAGCAUCACGUGCACAGCCUCAGUGUGCCCCCCAGAGCAGGAGUGCAAGCUCCAAGGAGGAGAGCUGGGCUGUUACCCUACAAGCUCCCAGGACUGCGUGAUCUCAGGGGACCCCCACUACAACACCUUUGACAAGAAGUUCUACAGCUUCAUGGGCACCUGCACCUACACACUGGCCAGGAACUGCGGCAAUAAAACUGGGCCUUGGUUCUCGGUGGAGGGUAAGAACGAGGAGCGAGGCGGGGCGGGGCUGGCCUACCUGAAGAAGCUCUACGUCACCGUGGAGGGGGUCACCGUCACACUGAUGAAGGCCAGGAGAACGCUGGUGAACGGGCUGCGUGUGGCCCUGCCCUCCUCCCCGUCCCCCAAGAUGACCCUGUCCCUGGCGGGUCAGUACGUCACCGUGGCGACCACCUUCGGGCUCCGCGUCCGUUGGGACGGCAACCACUAUGCCCAGAUCACCCUCCCCAGCACCUACUCGAACCAGACCUGUGGGCUGUGCGGCGACUACGACGGUAACCCUGGCGACGAUUUCACCAAGCCCGACGGCCGACCGGCGGCCAACGCCAACGACUUCGCCAACAGCUGGCAGACGCCAGACGACGAGGACGACGCGUGUAAACCCGGGACCAAACCCGACCCGGUCUGUGAGCCCAGCCUGGAGGCCGAGGUGAUGAAGCCGGAGAAGUGCGGGAAGAUGAAAGACCCCUUGGGACCCUUCCGAGAGUGCAUCCCCAAGGUGAGCCCCGAGCCCUUCUUCCUGAGCUGCGUGUACGACAUGUGCCAGUUCUCCGGGCAGCAGAGCGUGCUGUGCGACCAGCUGCAGGCCUACACCGACGCCUGCCAGAGCGCGGGGGCCAUCGUGCACCCCUGGAGGACCGCCUCCUUCUGCCCGGCCCCUGUCUGCCCCCCCAACAGCUCCUACACGCUGUGCGGCAGCGGCUGCCCAGAGACGUGUGUGGGGGCGGCCGGCCCCCCCGGGUGCGGUGCCGUGUGCGUGGAGGGCUGCCAGUGCGACCCGGGCUUCAUCCUCAGCGACGCCCAGUGCGUCAGCCUCAAGGACUGCGGCUGCACGGACCCCCACGGCUCGUACCACCCGGCGGGCGACCACUGGGUGGAGGAGGGCUGUACAGAGCGGUGUGAGUGUCUGGGCGGAGGUCAGAUCCGCUGCCACGCCGCCAGCUGCCGACCCGUCUCUGAGAGCUGUCAGCUGCAGGGCGGCGAGUACGGCUGCCACCCCGUCGAAACGGGCAUCUGCUCGGUGUCGGGGGACCCCCACUACGUGACCUUCGACCGGCGGACCCACCACUACCAGGGCUCCUGCUCCUACACGCUGACCGAGCCCUGCGGCCCGCCCUCCACCAACGCCAGCCUGCCGGCCUUCAGCGUGGUCACGCAGAACGAGCACCGCGACAGCGCGCGCCGCGUCUCCUACGUGCGCGCCGUGGUGGUCAGCGUGCACGGGACGGACUACGUCCUGGGGAAGGGACGCGUCGUGCAGGUCAACGGAACCAAGCGCACCCCGCCACUGACCCUGACCAACGGCGUCGAGAUCUACCUCAGCGGGAAGUUUGUCGUCUUGGAGACCGCCUUCGGACUGAGGGUGCGCUUCGACGGGAACCACCACGCCGACGUGACGCUGCCAAAGUCCUACAGCGGCCUGCUCUGUGGCCUGUGUGGGAACUUCAACGGACAGUCGGAUGACGACAACAUCAUGUCCGACGGGAAGCCGGCCGGCUCCACCAACCAGCUGGGAGACAGCUGGGCCGUACCAGACAACAGGCCCGACUGCACCAACGGCGGAGGACCGGAGGAGUGCAAGAAAGAGGUGGAGGAGGACGCCAAGAAGCCCACCAGCUGUGGCAUCAUCACUGACAUCGAGGGUAUCUUCGCAGCGUGCCACGAGGUGGUCCCCCCGGGGCCCUACUUUGAGAGCUGUGUGUACGACAUGUGCGCCACGGGCGGCGAGGCGGUGGCGCUGUGCCAGGCCAUCGAGAGCUACAACGACGUCUGCGCCGCCGCCGGCGUGGCCAUCAUCUGGAGGAACAACACCUUCUGCCCCCUGAAGUGCCUGCCCGGCUCCCACUACGACCCGUGCGGGACGGCGUGCGCGCAGCCCUCCUGUCAGGACCUCACCCCCCCCUUCAACGACACCACGUGCCCCCGGCCCUGCGUGGAGGGCUGCCAGUGUGACCCGGGUCUGGUGCUCAGCGGCGACCGCUGCGUGCCGCCCGGACAGUGCGGCUGCACCGAUGACGAGGGCAGAUACAGACCUGUGGGCUCCAGCUGGUUCUCAGAGGCGGACUGCUCGCGGCGCUGCAGCUGCCACGGCUCCGGGAACGUGACCUGCGAGGCGUGGCGCUGUGGCCCCGCCCAGGAGUGCUCGGUGGUGGAGGGUGUGCUCGACUGUCACUCAACGGGUAAAGGCAUCUGCCACGUGGCCGGAGACCCCCACUACUACACCUUUGACGGAGUCAUGCACACCUUCAUGGGCACCUGCACCUACACGCUGGUGGAGGUGUGCAACACCACCCAGGUGACGCCCUUCAGGGUGGUGGCGAAGAACGAGGAGCGCGGUCAACCAGAGGCGUCCUACGUCCGCUCUGCGACCGUGUACCUGCCCGGCGACGUCGUGGUCACGCUGCAGAAGAGCCGGCGCGUCCUGCUGAACGGGCGCCGCGUCCGCACCCCCCUGGCCCUCGCCGACGGGGCCAAGGUGCUGACCAGCGGCUCCUACACCCUGCUGGACACCAGCUUCGGGCUCCAGGUCAAGUUUGACGGCGUCCACCACCUGGAGGUCGUGGUCCCCGGGGACUACUUCAACAAGGUGUGCGGUAUGUGCGGGAACUACAACGGCAACUCCAGCGACGACUACCUGAUGCCCAACAAGAAGCCCGCCAAGGACGUGAUCGAGCUGGGCAACAGCUGGAAGUCUGAGGGCGACAGCGAGCCAGGCUGCCUGCCGGACUCGCGCCCCGACGUCCACCCCAACUGCACGGCGGACGAGGAGCUGGUGUUCGACGCCCAGUGUGCCUCCAUCAUCAACUCGGACCGCUUCAACAGCUGCCACUCUCUGGUGCCCCCGGAGGCCUUCCUGGGGAACUGCGUGUACGACAUGUGCGAGUACAACGGCAUGCAGGCCACGCUGUGCGACAACGUGGAGGCCUACGCCCAGGCCUGCCAGAGCGCCGGAGUGACCAUCAGCUGGAGGAACAGCACCUUCUGCCCGAUGCCCUGCGGCACCAACAGCCACUACUCGGACUGCACCCCCGCCUGCCCCCCCACCUGCUCGGACCUCUUCCCCCUCUUCUGCCACCUGCCGCCCACCGCCUGCGUGGAGGGCUGCCAGUGCGACGCCGGCUUCGUGCUCAGCGACGGCAAGUGCGUGCCCCUGGCUCGCUGCGGCUGCGUGGACACGGACGGAGAGUACCACGACGUUGAAGACUCCUGGCUGACGGACAGGUGUGUUCAGCGGUGUAAGUGUUCCCUGGGAGGAAAGAUCAUAUGUGACGCCCACAGCUGUCCCUCCAACUCCCUCUGCGCCCUGGACAAAGAGGGAGACAACUACUGCAAACCAGCCAAGUUCGACAAGUGCAGCGUCUCGGGGGACCCCCACCACCGCACCUUCGACGGCUUCACCCACCACUUCCAGGGCCCCUACACCUACUUCCUGACGCGCUCCCAGCCGGACGCCACCCAGCUGCCCGCGCUGGCGGUGCGCGGCCGCAACGUCCGCCGCGGGGGCAGCCGCCGCGUCUCCUUCCUGGACGAGAUGUACGUGGACGUCUACGGCGUCAGCGUGCGCUUCCUGCAGCGCAAGAGGGUGCUGGUGAACGGCGAGCGCAUAGCCCCGCCCCUGACCCCGGUCCCGGGCCUGUCCAUCACCAUGAACUCCAGGCAGGUGCAGCUCACCACUGACUUCGGCCUCACGGUGCGCUUCGACGGCCGCAGCCACGGAGAGAUCUGGCUGCCCAGCACCUACAAGAAGGCCGUGGGCGGCCUGUGUGGGAACUACGACGGCUCGUCACGCAACGAGUACAUGAAGCCCGACGGACAGCUCACCCGCAGCCUCAACGCCUUCGGGGACAGCUGGAGGACCAAUGAGAGGCAGCGGGCCGAGGAGCAGCCAAUCAGGACGCUGCCCCAGAGAGUGCACCUGCACAGGCGUGAGGUGGAGACCCCCCCAGACAGCGGCUUCGAGACCUCCGGCUGCACCCCGGCUGACCUCAGCGACCUCAGCGGCCCGGCCAAGUGUGGAGCGCUGGAUGACCCCGCGGGGCCCUUCGCCGCCUGCCACGCCCUCCUGGCCCCCGGCCCCUUCAAAGACGACUGCGUGUUCGACCUGUGUGCCGAGCGGACGGACGCGGCGCUGCGCUGCGCCAGCUACGACGUGUACGCCGUGGCCUGCCAGGAGGCCGGGGUCCCGCUGGGCCCCUGGAGACAACAGCUGGACUGUGCCAUGAGCUGUGGCCCCAACAGCGUCUACGCCCCCUGCAUGUCGCCUUGCCCCGCCUCCUGCGCCGACCUGGCCGCCCCCACCGACUGUGAGGUCACUUCCUGCGUGGAGGGCUGCCAGUGCGCGCCGGGCUUCGUGAUGAGCGAGGGCGAGUGUGUGCCCUACACCCAGUGCGGCUGCACCUUCCUCGACAGAUACUACCCCCUGACGGAUGUCUUUGUGACGGAGCGCUGCGACCAGGCGUGCCAGUGCACCGCCACGGGCGCAGUGUGCCAGGCCAAGUCCUGCCCCGCCGACCAGGUCUGCGCCGUCAGCGACUUCAAACGGGACUGCUUCAAAGCGGGCCCGUGCCUUGACCACGGCUGCCAGAACGGAGGGCAGUGCGUGGCCCAGAACACCAGCCACUACACCUGCAGCUGCCUGGAGGGCUUCCAGGGGACCUUCUGUGAAGCGGAGAAAAUCGACGGCGGGGGUGGAGGCGGCGGUCUGGAGACAAAGUGGAUCAUCGUGAUCGCCGUCCUGGCGUCCCUCGCCGCCGCCGCCCUCGUCGUGGGCGUGACCGUCUGCUUAUACAAGCGCAGUGCCAAGUCCGAACAUUAUGUUGUCGAGCAUAACCACAGACUAGUUCACCUUUCUUACCCGUCCGACAUUCAGUACAAGCGCCACCAGGUAACGGACGGUCACUCUGAUCCCGGCAUGGAAGGUUACGGGGUUAAAGGGUGAGCUACGCACUGGACCCCCACGUGAACUAAGUGUUUUAGAUGUUAGCACAAGAGAGAAAAAACGUUAUAGAAAGCAAUCCGUAGGAUGACUAUUUAUCAGUCGUUAUCUUUUUUCAUUCACAAACGUGAUCUAGUGCGUAGCUACUCUUUGAUCGGGCUAAAGAAAACCUCGGGGGGGAAACGCUUUUAUUUGCUCGAAGGAACUUGAUCUGCUUGGGACGAGGAAACGCACUGCUGCCAGUUUCUAGAUUUCUUUCUACUAACCUACUAACUUUUUUCCCUGGCUGUCUCGCUCGGUAAAAAGACGAAAGAUCACACGUUGUUGGUUUGAAACUAUGUUUCUUCUGCGUUUGCCUACCCUCCACAGACACAAGACAACGACCUUUGAGCAGACCACUGUACAGAUGGCAACGACAAGUGAACCAUAUGAAGAAUUAACAGAAGGGGCACACGAUCUAAAGCGCAC